AUGGCUGGGAUUGAUGAAAAUGUUGGGCUUAAUGGUGAAUGGGGUCUUCCGAAUCCGAGUCCGAGAACCCUAUUUUCUAGGAUGCUAGAUGAAGAGAGUGAUAAUGUAACGAGACAAAUCUCUGAACAAUCUGAGAGUGGUAGAAUUGAGGCGCAAGAUGGUGAUUCGGGCACUCAAUUGAGCGAUGCUAGUUAUCGAAAUGAUCAUAAGUUGAACUCGCGAGGGGGUCUUGUUGAAAGAAUUGCUGCUAGAACCGGGUUUAAUGCGCCGAGGUUGAAUACAGAAAGCAUUAGAUCUACUGAACUUUCGCUCAAUUCUGAGAUUCAGUCUCCGUAUUUGACUAUACCGCCUGGUCUUAGUCCUACUACACUUUUGGAUUCUCCUGUUUUCCUUGCGAAUUCAUUGGCACAACCAUCUCCAACAACAGGAAAGUUUCCAUUUGUCUCAAACGGAAACAUCCGCGGCACAGAAUUAUCUUCUGAUGAUCAGCAAAAAUCUAAACUUAAUGGCUUUGGUGACAUGUACGCGUCAUCCUUUGCUUUCAAGCCUACACCCGAUUCAGGACCCUCUUUUUAUCACGGCGCUGGUAGAAAAAUAAAUCAAACUACACUUCCACAGCAAACCCUUCAUGGUUUUGAAGCUUCGGUUCAAUCCCAAAAAGUUGAUGCGACCGAGAACAAAAGUAGCCUCCAUCUUAAGGCAGAAUUCUCCGACUCGCCACCUCAAAAAGACAAUUCUGCACCAAUGGAAGAGCAAGCAGAUGAAGAGGGAGAACAAAGAGUCAACGGAGACACAAUUGUUGCUGGUGUUGGUGGUACUCCGUCGGAAGAUGGAUAUAAUUGGAGAAAAUACGGUCAAAAGCAAGUUAAGGGUAGCGAGUUCCCGCGAAGUUACUACAAAUGCACCCAUUCAAAUUGUCCGGUUAAAAAGAAAGUAGAACGUUCUCACGAGGGCCACAUAACAGAGAUCAUCUAUAAGGGAGCACACAACCACCCGAAACCUCCUCCAAGUCGUCGGUCAGGCAUAGGGUCAGCUAACCCUCAUGCCGACAUGCAAGUGGACAAUUCUGAACAUGUUGAAGCACAGGGAAAUAUAGCUAACUGGAAGCCGGAAAACCUUGAAGCAACAUCGGCUGCAUCUGCUAUUGCUGAGUACGGCAACCACUCCUCCAAUCUGCAAACUCAAAAUGGUAUUACUCACUUAGAUUCAGGUGAUGCCGUGGAUGGGUCAUCCACUUUUUCUAACGAAGAAGAGGAAGACGAUCAAGGCACUCAUGGUAGUGUAUCAUUAGGUUAUGAUGCGGAAGGAGAUGAAUCCGAGUCGAAAAGAAGGAAACUUGAAUCAUAUGCUGAGAUGAGUGGAGCUACUAGAGCCAUUCGCGAGCCUAGAGUUGUUGUGCAGACUACCAGCGAAGUAGAUAUCCUCGAUGAUGGUUAUCGAUGGCGGAAAUAUGGGCAAAAAGUUGUCAAAGGAAAUCCCAACCCAAGGAGUUACUACAAGUGCACCAAUGCAGGGUGCACUGUAAGGAAGCAUGUGGAGAGAGCAUCGCAUGACCUUAAAUCUGUUAUCACCACAUACGAGGGAAAGCACAAUCAUGAUGUCCCCGCCGCUCGUUCCAGCAGUCACGUCAAUGCGAACAACGCUUCUAAUGCAGGUCAAGGGCAAGCUUCUGGUCUUCUUCAAAACCAUGCUCAUAGAACUGAACCAUCUCAAAUUCACAACGGAAUGGGAAGGCCUUCACUCGGCUCAUUCAACUUUCACGGAAGACAGCAGCUAGCUCAUCCGCACGGCUUCUCCUUUGGCAUGAAUCAACACCUCUCCAACCUUGCAAUGUCUGGUUUAGGCCCCUCUUCACGAAUGCCUAUGAAUCCAUUCAUGGCGCAACAACAACAUCAGCAACAACAACAACAGCGUGCCGCAAAUGAAAUGGGCUUCAUGUUACCAAAGGGAGAACCAAAUAUGGACACAAAUCCUGAACGCGGAAGCCUUAACAUGCAAAACGGUUCAUCAUCGAUGUAUCAAGAUAUUAUGAAUCACAUGCCUCUCGGACCUCACAUGUAA